CUCCAGUCGCCAUAGAACUAUCACGUGAAACAGUGCCGCCAAUAAGAUGACUUGGAAUUUUCGUUUGUGUACCUACAUUGCGCUUCAAUUGACAACUUUCGUGAAAAGUGAUGGACAAACGGUUGUCUCGGCUCGAGUGUCGCCACUGGAGCUGAAGGAACCUUCCGCUGUUGCCUCGCUUUGGACAAACGGUGAUCGACAGGACGUUGAAUUUCUCAGGUGGCUAGAAACCCUCGCUGAGCUGACCCAAUAUCAAACCGAAUUACACGAAACGACAUUCCGUCUGCUGCAGAACGCGUUAAGCGAUGAGCGGAAAUCUUUCGAAUUUAUUAGUAUUCCUUCCACGGACAAAAAACUGUUGUUUUACUUUACAGAUGGACUCCAAAUGGCUUCUAUGUAUCUCUUACAUAUUUGCUGAUUUUUCAUCUUGCUAUCAUAAUUGUUAUUUUCUUUAUCCUAGUAUGCUUUCCAAAGAAAUCUAAAAUUCAGACAAAUGAACCAAAAAUGGCAUUAAAUGUAUGAAUGAAUAUUGAUACAUGCCAAUCUAGUAGAGAAUAAAAUGUAAGAUAAAUAAUCUAUACCUAUAAAGAA